UGCAGCCAACUUCACAUUGCUAAUAUAAAGAUUCUUUCAACUUGAGAAAAUGUCUAACGGAACUAACGAUAGUUCUAUUCCGAACAGUGAAAAUGUACCCACUGCAAGUAGUACAAAUAAGACUUUUUCCAUCAACAUGAAUGAAGCCGAGGAUAUUCCAAAAUCAGUCAAGCAAAGGAUUGAAGCUAAUAGACAAAGAGCUGUGAUCCUCAAAAGAAGCAAACUGGUAUCACAUCCUUACUCUAAUGGAGAUGUUUGUUCCAAAGAUUCAACAACACUCAAAAUUGGCAACAUAAAGUACAAGGAUACUGGAGGAGGUUUUCUUCUGGAAGAACUUCCUGAUGAUGAUGAUUUUGAAAAACUUAUCGUUAAUCAAGUUGAGGCUCCAAUUUUUGAACCAGAUCGCCCUACAUGUGUAACAUGUAUUAAGCCAUUUGCCACUUCUUGGUUGUUUGAUAAUUUUACUUACAAAUGCUGUGAUUCCUGCAAAGAUCCUGAAACUCAUAAAUUGAUAACGAAAACAGAGGCUAAGGAUGUUUAUUUGUUAAAGGAUUGUGAUUUGGAUAAAAGGGAUCCUGCUCUAAAAUUCAUCAAACAGAAGAAUCCACAUAAUUCACGAUGGGGUGAUAUGAAAUUGUAUUUGAGAAUCCAAGUUGAGCAGAGAGCUCUGGAAGUUUGGGGCAGCACAGAAAAAAUUGAAGAAGAAAGGGAAAUAAGGGAAGAAAAGAGGGUUAUUUCCAAAUCAAAGAAAUAUGAAAAGAAUUUGAAGGAAUUGAGGAAAGGCAUGCGUAGUAGUCUAUAUGACCGUACUUCUGCUGGUCCACAUACUCAUCAGUUUGGGCCUGAGACAUAUGAUGAAGAAGAGGAUACAUACCAUAGAAAAUGCACAACUUGCCCUUAUGAAGAGACAUAUGAAAAGAUGUAAUUGUAAGUUGAGUAUCUAUAACUUUUUUUAAUUAUUUUUCUAACCAAAAUUUUAUCAAAUUAAAAUAACCAUUUUGAGUGAUUUGUUGAAAUUAAUUUAUUACAAAAUUCUGUCAUUUUUGUUUGCAGUCGAUAAAAAGUUGUAGAUCCAACACUAUGAUCAUUCUUCAAGUAUAAUUUUUUAUGUGUUUUUAAAAGAAUAAAUGUUAUUCACAGAUUA